AUGAGCCACAGCGCAGUCUCCAGACUCGCUGGGCUCUUGUCUUUCUCGCUCCCAUCCUUCGACUUCUGGUACUCGACCACCUUCUGGGUGUACCUCUUCUUGGCCCUCUGGAUUCACCGUUACCUCCGUUUACUCGUCCAGUGCGUCAGCCAUUGGACGUACAAGUCGAAACCCAUUCCAAGCGAGCCAACCUUCACGAGCAAGGAUGUGACUGUGGUCAUUCCAACCAUUCAUAACGCGUUUGAGGAACUCCGACCAUCUCUUCAGAGCAUCCUAGCUUGCCAGCCCGCCGAGUUGAUUCUUGUUACCACUCACGACAAACGAAAGGGUCUGCAGCGUUUGGCCGACUCGUUGGCUCACCCAAAGGUUCGCGUCCUCGACACCCCAAUCGCCAACAAGCGCCUCCAAGUCUGCGAGGCCCUUCCCAAGGUUUCCACUCCAAUCACCAUCAUGGCCGAUGACGAUGUGACUUGGCCAUCCACCCUCAUGCCCUGGAUCCUCGCACCUUUUGAAGACCCCAAGAUUGGCGGCGUUGGAACUUGCCAGAGAGUUAGGCGAGAGCACACUGGCUCAUGGGCCACUCGGGCCUGGAACUGGCUCGGAGCUGCUUAUAUCGAACGCCGAAACUUUGAGAUCUCAGCCACGCACAACAUCGACGGCGGUACCUCCUGUAUGUCUGGGCGCACUGGCGCCUAUCGAUCCGAGAUUCUGUCGAGUCACGACUUCCUCCACGGCUUUAAGAAUGAGAAGUGGAGAAAGUGGAUUCUCAACGCGGACGACGACAACUUUGUUACUCGAUGGUUGGUCAGCCACCAGUGGAAGACCUGGAUCCAGUACGACCGGGAGUGCGAGAUCGAGACCACCCUAGAGAACAGCCACAAGUUUCUGUACCAGUGCUCCCGUUGGGCCCGAAGCAACUGGCGAAGCAACUGGACUAGCCUGGUCACUGAGAGGUACAUCUGGAAGCAGCAAUGGUGGUGCACCUAUUCGCUGCACAUUGCAACCUUCACCUCCUUGGCAUUCCUCGUCGACCCUCUCCUCCUUGUUUCAUGCUGGUGGGCGACUGCGGAGUGGGACAUGCAGAGUCGCCGAUACGCCUUCUGGUCUCAGUUCGUCUUCAUGUUCGCCUUCACCAAGGUGGUCAAGCUGAUGGGGCUGUUCCUGCGAAACCCCAGCGACGUCGUCUUCCUCCCCGUGUCAAUCCUGUUUGGGUAUUUCCACGGACUCGUGAAGCUCUAUGCUCUCGUGACGCUUAAUAUGACGUCUUGGGGCAGCCGAGCUGAUGGCGACACCAACGAUGCGCAGCGAUUGGCUCCGGCCCCGCAACCCUCCGUUGUGCUAAAGACGCCCCCUGGAAAGGGAUCGCUCAUCCGCUACAACGCCCGUCAGAAGGGACGACCGGCGCAAGGACGGGGAGCACAGGAUGGCUCCUGGGAAAAGAGCGGCUAUGCCGCCUACGACUCGAGUACCUCGUACAUGCCGAUACGGGUACCGACACCGCUGACAAUGACACCUGACGACUCCAAACUACGCGCGAAUGAAAAUUUGGCCAGUGGAGAGUGCCGGGCAAUGUAA